AUGUUGUCCCACGAAUCAAUGGAAAAUCUUCUUGAUAAUUUAGAAAGUGAGUUAUCAGAGUUGGUAGAGUUAGAUGUUCCAAAAGACACAAAUCACCAAAUAGGUGAUAGAAAAAAAUCUUUAUUUGUCCAAGAAGUAAAAACGAUUGAAGAAAAAUCACAGAAAAAACCAAGCCCACCGCCAGUUCCUGCUCGAAGAAAUAUAUCGAGAUCUCCUCUAACAAUACAACCACCAACUCCAGCAUCUCGUCGAAUCAAUGCGCUUGAUAAAAUUGAAAAGAACAAUGAAAAUGAAAUUAUUCAGUUGCAAUCUUUGAACUCUGAAAAUGAAUCAUUCUCAUCUGAGAGCAAAAAAAUUUCACAAAGCAGUUCAAAACACAAUACAGUGAUUAGCAUUAAUGAGAUAAAGAAGAAGAAAAAGAAGGAACCAACAAGUAGCAUCAGAGUAUUUCAUGAGGCUGAAAAGAUGCCAGACGAUAUUAAUGAAACAUUUUUCGUAAUUAAGCAUGGUAAAUGGGCUGAUGAUAAUACGAAAAGUACUAAAGAGACUGAUUUUAUUGCUGUAGAUAAAGAAGAGGAUGUUGAAGAGUCAGAGUCAGUAAAGAACUUGUCAGAUGAAAUUCCUUCGUUAGAGACAAAAGUAAAAAAACGUCAAGAAAAGAAGAAUAAAAAUCUUAAUAAAAAGAGAGACUCAUUAACAACUAGCAUUACAACAAGCUUCACAUCAUCUAGCUCUGAAAGUCUGUCUGACGAAAUUCCCCAACCACAAAAGAAGACAAAGAAUCACAUGUCUAAAAAUAUCGGUCAAAAAAAGUCGAAAAAAUUAAGUGAUGAUCAGACUCGAACAUCAAAUAUAGAAGAAAGUAUAAAAGAGACAAAGAGGAUGGAAAUAACGUCAUGCGACAAAGCUAUCGCAAUUUACAUCAAAAGCACCAGCUCAAUAAAAUAUCGGAGCGAAAUAAAAGGAUUGAGGAUUAAAAUUUCAUUCUACAAUGUAGAUAAUGGGAAACAAAUUGGAGACUUAAUAUGGACAAAAAAUGCUACUUAUAAUAACGACUUUAACAACUUCAUUUGUCACUGGAAUGAAAAGGUCAAAGCAAAUUUUGAUUUAAAAAGACUUCGUGAGAUCUACAACAAUAUUCUUAUAUUUUUUGAAGUCAUCAACAAUGAAAAUAUUCCUGUGUGUUGGGCAUUUAUGAAACUAUUUACAGAGAGCAGUGCGAAUGUCGAUAAGAAGUUAAAACUUCAAUUGUUUGAAUAUCAAGCAGCAAAGCAUUCAUGCUUUUCAUUCAAGUUCAAAAAAGAAAAGAUUUUAAGCGAUGACGUUUCAAUUUUUGAGCAGUGGCAAAUGCCAAAGAGGAAGUUACCAUCUGUGCUGAAUAUUUAUCUAAAAGAUAUCAAUUUGAAUUCUAAAGAAAUAGAAAAUGAAGAUAAAGAAGAUGUCAAAGUCAAUCGAAUUCAAGUUUUAUCCGCAAAUGAGAAUCUGCAAAGAUACUGGAGAAAAGUUCCAGGACAAGCUUGUAAAGUGCCAAAUCAAAUAUUCAGAAAAAUUCCUUUACAAGAUAAAGGAUCCUUAAAUGUUCAGUUUAGUCAUGAUGGAAAUUAUAUUGCAUUUUCUGAAAUAUCCCACAAUGGACAUAUCCUUCACAUUCACAAAUUUCCUGAAAUGACGGAAAUUUUCAUGAUGCUUGAGCAUUCGGAUAUAAUUCAUGAUAUGGAUUGGAGCAAACAAAAACAAAGGAAUCAACAGUAUCUUGUGACUGCUUCAGCUGAUUUCACAGCAAUUGUUUGGAAGCUUUUGGAAGAUUCUUACUCAUAUUCAAUCCUUCCGCACCCAGCAUUUGUGUAUGCUUCAAAGUUUCUUAAAAUUGAUGACUCAGAAAUUCUUCAUGUUGUGACAGCGUGUCGGGAUAAUAUCAUUAGAAUUUGGAGAAAUCGGGGGGGACUGGAAAGCUUUGAGCUUUGUCAAGAAUUAAAGCAUCCAAAAUCGAGCCAAUUUACUUUUAUCACGUCGCUUACAACAAAAAGUGUUGAUGCAUUUUAUUCAUCUAGUUCUAUGGGUGACAUUAUCGAAUGGACUAUGAACGAUGCAAAUGAAUAUCAACUUAAUAGACACUUUAUAUUUGAUGAAAUACGUGGACGAAUCAUCCAAAGCCUAGAAAUAAAUCCACGAGGUAACAAGAUUUACUUUCGUCUACAAGAUGCUCAAAAUGUUGAAUCAUCAAAUGCGAUUUUUGCACUUGGAAUCGCAACAGGUUCAUUGAUCCAAAGAUUUUACGAAUUAAGUUCAAAAUCUGAGACUCGAUUAAAAAUAUCGCCAUGUGGUACUCAAAUUUAUUCCACAAAUGGUCCAAGUAUUCGAUACUAUAAAAUGAUUAACAGAAAUAUUGUUGCAUCCGAAAAUAACGAGAACGCUUUAGUAAUUAAUUGUCCUCUUGGAGACAGAGGCUUCAUUAGCUCAAUAGAUUAUCAUCCAAAAGAUUUUUUCUUAGCUUGCGCUGUGUAUGGUGGAAAUCCCGGUUGCAUUAUUAUUUUUAACUUUGAAUCAUAUAAUGAGAAAGAUUCCAUUGAAGAUGUUAAAGUAGGAUCUCAAGAAUCGAUACUUCGAAAAUCAUAUGAAUUUAAACAAAUUGGAGUGUAUUCAGAUAUAAUAAAAAGAUUAGAUGAAGUUUUCCUGGCUCCAUUAGCUAAUCAACCUGAUACAAGUGAAAUCUUAAAGAUCCAAGAGUUUAAUCAACCUGCUGAGGAUAACACAUUCACAGUUCAGACAAAUUCAAAACGAUCUAAAACCUAUACAGUAUCCCAAGGACCCGCAACAUUCACAAUACAAAAGGGUGGAACUUAUGAAAUACAGAAGAAUGAUGGAACAGAUGACGAUGAAACAACAAUUUCAGAAUCUUUCAAUUAAUUCUUUUUCUUCUUUAAUAAACACAAAUUACAGUAAAGUAAUUGAAAAAUGUUUAAAAU